CCGGAAGUGCCGCGGGCCGCUUCCCGCCGCGCCGCCGCCUCGCCUCGUCGUUCCGGGUGCUGGGGCUCCGGAUGGCCGCCGCCUCGUAGCGCGGGGCUCGCACCGCCAUCGCCGCCAUGGGCCGGGAGUCCAGGCAUUAUCGGAAGCGCUCUGCCUCGCGGGGCCGCUCUGGGAGCCGCUCCAGAAGUCGUUCUCCAUCUGACAAAAGGAAACGGGAGGACAGGCGCUCCAGGAGCAGAGAUCGGGAUCGCAGACGGGAGCGGUCGCGCAGCAGGGACAAGAGGAGAUCCCGUUCACGUGACAGGAAGCGCCAGAGACGUUCGAGGAGUAGAGAAAGGGAACGGAGUCGGGAGAGAAGAAGAUCGAGGAGCCGAGAGAGAAGGCGCUCCAGGAGCAGAAGUAGAGGCAGACGGUCUCGAUCCCCCAGUCCGAGCAAGAACAGGAAGACAGAAAACAGAUCAAGAUCUAAAGAAAGGACAGAAGGUGUGGAAGUUUCCAAAGAAAAGAAAAAAGAGAAGGAUGACAAGGAAGAAGAAAAAGAUAAAGAUACCAAUGCAUCUACUGUGGCCACUGAGAACUUUGAUCAGAACAAACUAGAAGAAGAAAUGAGAAAACGAAAAGAAAGAGUGGAGAAGUGGAGGGAAGAGCAGCGCAAGAAGGCGAUGGAGAACAUUGGGGAACUGAAAAAAGAAAUCGAGGAGAUGAAACAGGGAAAAAAAUGGAGCUUGGAAGAUGAUGACGAUGACGAUGAGGAAACUGCAGAAGGAGAAAAGGAAGGCAAUGAGGUUGAAGAUGAAGAGUUAGAUCCUUUGGAUGCUUAUAUGGAAGAAGUAAAAGAAGAGGUCAAGAAGUUCAAUAUGAGAAGUGUGAAGGGUGGAGGUGGGAGUGAAAAGAAAUCUGGACCAACUGUUACCAAAGUAGUAACUGUGGUGACAACCAAAAAGGCAGUUGUAGAGACAGAGAAGAAGAAAGGGGAACUCAUGGAGAAUGACCAAGAUGCAAUGGAGUAUUCUUCAGAAGAAGAGGAAGUUGAUCUUCAGACUGCCCUAACUGGCUAUCAGACCAAGCAGAGAAAGCUGCUAGAACCAGUGGAUCACGGAAAAAUAGAAUAUGAGCCCUUCAGGAAAAACUUCUAUGUUGAAGUACCUGAACUAGCUAAAAUGACACAAGAAGAGGUGAAUGUGUACCGACUGGAGAUGGAGGGAAUAACAGUCAAGGGAAAAGGCUGCCCCAAACCAAUAAAAACCUGGGUACAGUGUGGAAUUUCCAUGAAGAUUCUUACUGCUCUCAAAAAACACGGCUAUGAGAAACCCACACCCAUUCAGAGCCAAGCUAUCCCAGCAAUUAUGAAUGGUCGCGACUUGAUUGGCAUUGCUAAAACAGGAAGUGGAAAAACCAUUGCAUUUCUGUUGCCCAUGUUCAGACAUAUUAUGGAUCAGAGAGCUUUAGAAGAAGGAGAAGGUCCCAUAGCUGUCAUUAUGACACCUACUCGUGAGCUGGCCUUGCAGAUUACCAAGGAGUGUAAGAAGUUCUCAAAGACCCUUGGACUUCGAGUUGUUUGUGUGUAUGGAGGAACAGGGAUUAGUGAACAGAUAGCUGAACUCAAAAGAGGUGCUGAAAUUAUUGUUUGCACACCUGGACGUAUGAUUGACAUGUUAGCAGCUAACAAUGGUCGGGUGACCAAUCUCCGCAGAGUCACCUACGUUGUCCUUGAUGAAGCAGACAGAAUGUUUGACAUGGGUUUUGAGCCUCAGGUCAUGCGCAUUGUAGACAACGUCAGGCCUGACCGUCAGACUGUCAUGUUCUCUGCUACUUUUCCCAGAGCUAUGGAGGCGUUAGCUCGGAGAAUCCUAAGUAAACCCAUAGAAGUGCAGGUUGGAGGCAGAAGUGUUGUCUGUUCUGAUGUGGAGCAGCACGUUAUUGUGAUUGAAGAGGAGAAUAAGUUCUUAAAGCUACUAGAGCUACUGGGACAUUAUCAGGAGAAAGGAUCAGUUAUCAUAUUUGUGGACAAACAGGAACACGCUGAUGGCUUGUUGAAAGAUUUAAUGAGAGCUUCUUAUCCCUGCUUGUCUCUUCAUGGAGGCAUCGAUCAGUACGACAGGGACAGCAUAAUCAAUGAUUUCAAGAAUGGAACGUGCAAACUGCUGGUGGCCACAUCUGUAGCAGCAAGGGGUUUGGAUGUAAAACAGUUGAUGCUGGUGGUCAACUAUAGUUGUCCCAACCAUUAUGAAGAUUAUGUGCACCGAGCAGGCCGGACUGGACGAGCUGGUAAUAAAGGAUUUGCAUAUACGUUCAUUACUGAGGAUCAGGCACGGUAUGCUGGUGAUAUCAUCAAGGCUUUGGAAUUAUCUGGGAAUCCAAUUCCUGCUGAUUUAGAGAAGCUCUGGGCUGACUUCAAAGAACAACAGAAGGCUGAGGGAAAGCUGAUUAAAAAGAGCAGUGGAUUCUCUGGCAAAGGCUUUAAGUUCGAUGAAACAGAACAGGCCUUGGCUAAUGAGAGAAAGAAGCUACAGAAAGCAGCUCUUGGCUUGCAAGAUUCAGAUGAUGAAGAUACAGCUGUUGAUAUUGAUGAACAAAUUGAAAGCAUGUUCAAUUCAAAGAAAAGAGUAAAAGAUAUGGGAACACCAGGAUCAUCAAACGCUCCUACGCCAUCCGCUGGUAAUGCAGAAAAACUGGAGAUUGCUAAAAGAUUGGCUUUGAGAAUCAACGCCCAGAAGAAUCUCGGAGCAGAGGCACAAGUAUUUGUCCCCUUCCAUUUUAAGGACGUGAUGCAGCAGGCUACAAAUGCUAUCCUUAGGGGAGGCACAAUUCAAGCUCCUACAGUAUCUGCUAAGACCAUUGCAGAGCAAUUGGCUGAAAAAAUCAAUGCUAAGCUGAAUUAUGUACCUAUAGAGAAGCAGGAGGAAGAGAAACAGGAUGGUGGACAGAAUGAAUCUUUUAAGAGAUAUGAAGAAGAAUUAGAGAUCAAUGACUUCCCACAGACUGCCAGAUGGAAAGUCACCUCCAAAGAAGCGCUACAGAGGAUCAGUGAAUAUUCUGAAGCUGCUAUUACAAUCAGAGGAACUUAUUUCCCUCCAGGCAAAGAACCCAAGGAAGGAGAGCGAAAGAUUUAUUUGGCUAUAGAGAGUGCCAAUGAACUGGCUGUACAGAAAGCAAAGGCAGAAAUCACACGACUUAUAAAAGAGGAGCUUAUUAGAUUGCAAAAUUCAUACCAACCAACCAACAAAGGAAGAUACAAAGUUCUAUGAGUGCUUGGAGCAAUCUGUCUGCUGGUGGCUGGUGUGUGAGACUUCGUGGCUUCUGUUGUUUUGCUGUUUACACUGCUUAUUGUAAAUUAAGAUUUUUUUUGUUUAUUUUGUCUUGCAGACAUUUUUUAACAGGAAAUUGAUAUUUGCUGAGACAUCUUAAUUCUUUCCACUAAAGUUAGCAGUCUUAAAGCAGACCAGUUUUGGCGAAGCAUGACUUAAUUUAAAAGUGCAGUUUAUAUACUUUACACCAUAAAGGAUAUAAAAUAAAAUGAUUUUAAUUUUCCUGACAGGCUGUACUGUUAAGUAAAUUAAACAGUGUUGGGAUUUGUGUUGGAAGUUGUUAGAAUGUACCUGCUUCAUACUGUGGGGAGGAUUCACACCAUAUCAGUUUAUACUGGAAUAAUGAUAAAACACCAAAAUAAAGGUGGGAUUUUUUCCUGGUUGAUCCAUA